UCUUCUCCCGAAAAACAUAACAAACAAGGUACUAUUUUGUUUUGGUUUUGCAAUGACAAAAGAACAGUAAAUUUCAAUCAUGGUUUUUAAAUACUUCAAAUUAGAGUUGUGUCUGUGAGAGAGAAAGACAGUGUAAAGAGUCCAAUACGAUACCAUCCAUGGCAACAUGCUUCCUGAGUCCAUCUCCACUGAAUUGGAAAUCGAAAAGCAUCAUAAACAACAACAACACGAUCACGAUCCCAACUUUCGGAAUCAGAUGCAACCUCUCAGUGACGAACCCCAACCCCAUAACGAAAACGGAGCCGGAACCCCUAUACACAUCGGUUAAAGCCUUUGCUCCGGCCACCGUGGCUAACCUCGGUCCUGGCUUCGACUUUCUUGGAUGCGCCGUGGAUGGGCUCGGUGACAUUGUUUCACUGAGGGUGGACCCACAUGUUCACCCCGGCGAGAUAUGCAUCUCCGAUAUCAGUGGUCACAGCCCCAACAAGCUCAGCAAAAACCCUCUUUGGAACUGCGCUGGGAUCGCCGCCAUCGAAGUGAUGAAAAUGCUUGGCAUUCGAUCCGUUGGUCUUUCACUCUCUCUCGAGAAGGGUUUACCCUUAGGGAGUGGGCUCGGAUCCAGUGCGGCAAGCGCAGCCGCUGCUGCUGUCGCCGUCAACGAGAUUUUCGGCAACAAAUUGGGUGUUCACGACCUCGUACUCGCUUCCUUAAAGUCCGAGGAGAAGGUUUCGGGUUACCACGCAGACAACGUGGCACCGGCUAUCAUGGGUGGUUUUGUGCUCAUUAGGAGUUAUGAGCCCUUGGAUUUGAUUCAGUUGAAGUUCCCAAUUGAAAAGGACUUGUUUUUUGUGUUGGUGACUCCUGAAUUUGAAGCCCCAACUAAGAAAAUGCGUGCAGCAUUACCUGCUGAGAUUGGAAUGCCUCACCAUGUGUGGAAUUGUAGCCAGGCUGGUGCUUUGGUUGCGUCAGUUUUGCAAGGGGAUUUGAUUGGGUUGGGUAAGGCUUUGUCUUCUGAUAAGAUUGUUGAGCCAAGGCGUGCACCUUUGAUUCCUGGGAUGGAGGGUGUGAAGAGGGCUGCUAUUGAUGCUGGGGCUUUUGGGUGUACCAUUAGUGGUGCUGGACCUACUGCUGUUGCUGUGGUUGAUGAUGAGGAGAGAGGACACCAAAUUGGGAAACUUAUGGUUGAGGCUUUUCUGAAAGAGGGUAAUUUGAAGGCUGUUGCAAAUGUAAAACAGCUUGAUCGGGUUGGUGCUAGACUUCUUAGUAGCAUUAAAAAUUGAAGCUUCUCUGGUAUAGUAUGCUAUGGGAUUUGUAGAUUUCAAAAAUUGGAUUUCUCUAGACUUGCCUGUGACACUAUAAGUGCUGGUCUAUCACGUGUAUUUGAUCAAUGAAGCAGCACUCUAGCGUGGAGGUCAGAAUAAAAAGAGAAGCAUCAAACCCAAGCUUUUGCGUGAUGAAAGUUUGAAUAGAUGAAUAAUCUUGAAAGACCUGGAUUAGGUUGGUGUAAUGGUGAACUCAAAGACAUGAUUUAGGCAGUGCUUUCUUUGUUUUUUGUUUUUUUCCCUUCAUCUUGUUACUUGAGAAAGAUCAAUAAGAAGUCCUUUGUAGUCUUUCCUUAUUUGAUUGUGUUAAUCUUGAUUUUAAA